AUGUAUUCUAAAUUAGAGACACGAAACCAGAUGUAUUCCCAAAUGUUGAACAAGGGAAAGAAAUCUAUGCUUAAGGAUGUAAAAAGGAUUUUCAAAUUUAAUACAAAAUAUCCCGUGACUUUACAUGGAAGAUAUAUUAUUAACAAUAAAAAUAUGUGCCGAAAUCACAAGAGGAUAUCAGCACUUGUUAUGGUACAUACCGCCAUCUGGCAUUUUGGAACGAGAGAAGAAAUGAGAGCUACCUGGCUUAAUAUUACCCAGUACCGACCAGAAGUUGUUCGUGUUAUAUUUCUAGUAGGGACAACAAAAAGAAAAAAAAGUCAAGAAAGGUUAUUUGAAGAGAGUGAAAAAUACAACGAUAUCAUUCAGGGAGAUUUCAAAGACACUUAUAGGAACUUGACAAACAAAGGAGUCCUGGGAUUGAAAUGGGUUACUGAAAACUGUAUGAACGCUGAAAUAAUCAUGAAGAUUGACGACGAUUCAUUUAUUAACCUUUUCAAGUUCUUCCACAAUUUUAUAUAUUUGAGAAAACGAAAGAACUUUCUUUUCUGUAAUGUUUGGCAUAAAAAUAGCGUGAAAAUUGAACGCGAUAGAAACAGCAAAUGGUUUGUGAGCAAUAGAUUUUUCAGAGGAUACAACGCCUACCCUUACACUUACUGCAGUGGAUUUGCUGUUUUUAUUUCUACAGAUCUGAUUCCAGCAUUAUUUAAGGCCGCAAGCACAGCUCCUUUUUUCUGGGUUGAUGACGUGUAUCUGUUUGGAAUUCUGCCUUCCCGUGUGAACAAAGUGGUGUAUAGACCAAUGGCACAAUAUUUCACUUUUAAUCACUCCAGAGCACUUGAUUGUUAUAGGGAGUUUAAUGGAAAAUGUAAAUAUCUUGUCAUGCAGGCAAAGCGUGGUCAAAUUCGCGACAUGUGGAAUGCUAUUGUACACGACAGAAUAUGA